CACAGUCUGCAAGCUUAACCCCCGAGAGACCCAACUAUGGCUGACAACAAUACCUCUGAGGAAAAUAAAACAGAAACUGACGAAAAACCGUCAGAAUCAUCGCCAAAUACGAAUGCCAAGACUGUUCAGAGCCCAACCAAUGAAAGCCCUACACAUUCGUCCAAAUCAAAAAUUGAUGUUCUCCUCAAGGCAGCAGGCGAUGCUCCAAUUAUGAAGAAAAAGAAAUGGUCUGUAGAUAGAAACAAGAGAGUAAGCUGGAUAUCAGAAUUUAUAAAGAAAUAUCUUAAAUUUGAACCAACAGAAUCUAUGUUUCUUUAUGUGAAUCAAUCAUUUGCUCCUGCACCAGACACAGAAGUUGGCAGUGUAUUUGAUUGUUUUGGAAGUGAUGGUAAAUUAGUACUGCACUAUUGUAAGACACAAGCCUGGGGAUGACAACUGGUUUCUGGAGAAAUUAAAACAAAAGUGCAAUAAGACAUUCCGUAUUAUUUUAUUGACAAUAUACCUUGUAUUAAAUUAAUAGCUUGAUGGGAUACUUUUAAACUGAAAGACCACCAUGUUUCAUUUUACUGAUAUCAUGUAUUAAACUGAUUUGUUGCUGAAAAAGAAGUUAGUUUAAAUAGUAUUUUUAGCAAGAAUCAAAUUCUGAUAUAUUAGAUUAAAAAAAAUAUCGAUCUUUUAGAACUUUUUGUUUUGCCCGAUUUUAUUUCUGUAAAGUUAACAUAUAUGUGUGAAAAAAAAUCUUGUUUCAUUUUGCAUUACCAGUAGUUUCAAUAUUUUUAUCACAAAAAAACAUCUGUCUGAUUUUCUAGACAUUCUGAAUAGAUUAAAGGAUUUCAUUCUACUUAUUUAAAACAUUAUUUUAAGAAUUAAACAAAAUUGACGGAUUGUUGACAGACAGUCUUGGUUAUGUACAGAUAGAAUUAUAUAAUUAACAUAAAUGAGUAAAAUAGGAUAGCAAAAUAUUAACUACAGCAGUGGGACUGCUACAUAUAUUGAAUUGUUUUUGAAUUGAUGUUUAUGUUUGUUUGAAGAAGAAUGACUGUGAUAAUUGUAUUAAUGUAAGAUGUUAUAAUAUUAAAUACAUGUAAAAGUAA